UGGGGGAACCUCCACUGUGUUGCAGAGCAAGUGAGCACACAGCAGCCUCCAGCCUCCCAUCCUGGGCUGGAGGAUAGCAGGGAGGUGGGAGGAAGGGAAAGGCUUGGAGCUGGAAGCCCACACACACCUCUUCAAAUCUGUGGUCAGAUUUCUUGCCAUAUGAAUGCCCAUUUCUGCCUUUUUCCUGCUGGCUGUGUUUCCCUGUGCUAAGCUGCACCCGGGGCAGAGGGAAGCAUAGGGAGUUAACAACUGGAUGCGGCAUUUAUGGGCCCUCCAGUGGGGCAGGCGGAGCUCCCCGCUGCUGCAUCACCACCCCCAGCAGGGGAAGGGCUGAACAACCUGCCAUGGGGCGUGGCAGAACUGCAGGUCAUCAGCCUCAUGGCUGCGUUCCUGCCGCUUCCUGGGUUAAUGAUUGCUGCGGUGGUGAGGUGCUGCCCGUCCCUAGUGCACAGCGGUUGACUUGGCCUUUGCCUCUGCUGCAGGGUAAGAGGGGCUUUGGUCCUCUCCACGUGGCUUUGGGGCACGCAGGAGGUUUUCUAGUGUGGUAUGUGGGUGUACACCUCCAUGCAGGACUCUGGGAAUGGACUCAUGGAGCUCUCUGGGAAAGGGGUGCACCAUGGUGCAGGUGACGGUGACACCAAGCUCCUCGCUUGCUGACCAGAUGGUGCAGGUGGUGGUAUCCGGGCUGGCUCCCUCGCAGCUGGUGACUCUGCGUGCCUGGCUGACGGAUGAGCACGGCGAGCGCUUCCAAGCGCGUGCAUUCUACCGCUCUGAUGAGGAGGGCACGGUGGAUGCUGGGCGGCACGCUGCCCUGGGUGGUAACUACACCGGUGUCUGGCCCAUGGGGCUCUUCUGGUUCCUGCAGCCAGACAGCCUCUUCAAGCGCUUGGUGAAGCGCGACGUGAUGGGCAGCCCCUUCCUCGUCCACCUGGAGGUGUUUGAUGGCCUCCGCCUAGUGUCGGGGCAGCAGGACAAUCCCCUGGCCGCCUGCACCGCCGAGCGGUGGUAUGUGGGCCCUGGUGUGCAGCGGGUGCCCAUCCGCGAGGGGAGGGUGCGGGGGGCCCUGCUGCUGCCUCCAGGCCCGGGGCCCUUCCCAGCAGUGAUCGACCUGUUUGGAGGUGCAGGUGGUCUCAUUGAGUUCCGGGCUGGGCUGCUGGCCAGCCGAGGCUUUGCAGUGCUGGCUUUGGCUUUCUUUGCCUAUGAGGAUCUCCCCAAAGGCCUAACCCAGCUUGACCUGGACUAUUUUGAGGAGGCUGCCGAGCUGCUCCUGCAGCACCCCAAGGUGCGAGGCCCAGGGCUGGGUGUCAUUGGUGUGUCCAAAGGGGCUGAGGUGGCUCUGGCCAUGGCCUCCUUCCUCCCACAAGUGGUGGCCACAGUGUGGAUCAACGGCACCAGCUUCCUGUACGGCAACCCGCUGCUCUACAAGGGCCUCCGCAUCCCUUCCAUCCCCUACCAGACCGAGCGCAUGCUCUUUACUGAGCUGGGCGCCAUGGACAACUCAGCCAUCUUCACUGACCCGCGCAGCCCAGCCUGCAGUGCUUCGGCCAUCCCAGUGGAGAAGAUCCAAGGCAAGGUCCUCUUUGUGGUGGGUGAAGCCGAUCGCAGCUUCAACAGCAAACUCUUUGCCCAGCUGGCCAUGGAACGCCUGCCGCAGGAUGCCUACCGCCUGCUGUCCUACCCCGGGGCUGGACACCUCAUCGAGCCCCCUGGCUCACCCCUCUGCAGCAUCUCCAGCCUGCGUGGCAGCCCUUUGCCCGUGGUGUGGGGCGGAGAGCCCGAGCCCCACGCCAGGGCGCAGCAGCAAUCAUGGCAGGAGAUCGUGCAGUUCUUGGAGCUGCAGUUGAGCCCCGCGCUUGCCAUCAAGCUGUGAGCUGCUCAAUAAAGGCAAUGGUCACACCUUAGGGCA